GCCACCCGCCAGCCGGCCCGGGCGUCCCCUGCCGCCUAACUCCUUGCCUGCGCGCCUAGGCCUCGGAGACGGAGUGAGAAGGAUGAGUCCCUGGCGCUGGUUGCUGCUGCCGACCCUCUGCCUACCACUCACCGGCGCAGUCCCGCCGCGCAGCGCGCCCGCUUGCGUGGACUGCGAGCUCAAGCCACAGCAAAAUGAAUUGAAUUCCUUCUUGUGGACCAUAAAGAGAGACCCUCUGUCUUACUUCUUUGGCACAAUCCAUGUCCCAUACACCUGGGUCUGGGACUUCAUCCCGAACGAUUCCAAGGAGGCUUUUCAGCACAACAGCAUUGUGUACUUUGAGCUGGAUCUCACAGACCCCUACACUACUAUCUCCACCCUCACUAGUUGUCAGAUGUUGCCACAGGGCAAGAACCUCCAGGAGCCCUUGUGGAUUACCCCAGAUCAGUGUGGCAAGGGUCUCUAUGCGGACUACCUUUCCAAUGCCAUCACAGGAAACUGGGAGCACAAGAGGCCCGUCUGGGUCAUGCUCAUGGUCAACUCCCUGACCGAAGUGAACAUUAAGUCCCGGGGUGGGGUGCCUCUCUUAGACCUGUACUUUGCCCAGGUGGCUGAGCGGCUGAGGAAACAGACUGGGGUGAUGGAAAAGGUGGAAGAGCAAUGCCAUCCAUUGAAUGGGUUGAACUUUUCACAGGUCAUCUUUGCUUUGAACAAGACCCUUCUGUAGCAGGACAGCCUGUGAGCAGGCAGUCUUAAAUCCCCNNNCACGACAGAGGAUCUCAUCAAACACUACAACUGUGGGGACCUCAGCUCUGUCAUCUUCAGCCAUGACAGCUCCCAGGUUCCCAAUUUUAUUAAUUCCACGCUACAACCUCAGGAACGCAUUACUGCUCAGGGGAUUGACAGCUACUUCCACCAGGAACUUAUCUACAAGCGGAAUGAGAGAAUGGGGAAGCUGAAGGCCGUUUUGGAGGAAUUGUCUGACAAAGGCUUUUUCCUCGCCUUUGGAGCCGGUCAUUUCAUGGGCAACAACACAGUGCUCAAUGUUUUGCUACGUGAAGGCUAUGAGGUAGAACACGCCCCUGCUGGACGACCCAUCAACAAGGCCGUGAAUGCUAAGUGACUUCUCAGGUUCUGUCAGGUUGUGGAUCAGAACUGAGGCCUGCUUCCGGCAGAGAGAAGAGUAAAAGUCCCUUAUUGCAGCCCCUCCUCCUCUGGCAUCUUUAGUCUGAAAGCACCCACCCCGGAGGCACUGGUGCCUGGAGCUGGGUGGGCAGCGCACUUACUGUCUCCACCCCGUGUGUUGCUGCCUAGAAGUGCCCACCUGCGGGGCGAGGCACAGAGGAAGUUUCAGAAGAGGCGGAGGUGGCCACAGUGGAGGCUGUUCAGUGACCUGUGGUCCGACUGGAGGAGAGUGCUAUGGUCCCACAACUCCAGGCUCCUGGACAGGCACAUCUCCACCGAGUUGCAGCUCCCUCACCCUGGGCGCUCCCACCACAGCCCGGUAGUGGCCAGCAGGGCCUGUCUCUCUGGACUCCUGUGUUCUGGGUGCUGGUUCUGGCUUUCCAAACAGAGACACCUCUCCCGUAAUGACUGGAGGAGCCAGGCCAAGAUCCUGACCCUUCGGACUUGAAGGACGGCCAUUUCUAUCCUCCAUGUGCUGGUCUGGCCUUGUCAGGCCCAAUCCAGGAGAAGAAGCUCAAUCAAAACCAGUGCUGAUUCUUCUCUUUCCAAGAAGUGACUUUGGGUUUUCCAGCAAUGCUUGGGGUAGGUGUACAGUAAUGUAAUGAACUGUAUGAAAAUAUUUGUAAAUAUUAGAUUAUGUGAAAAAAAUUAAAUGCCUUUUUUUGUGUGUAGAUUUUUUUCUCAUAAUGUGUAUAUAUCACCGCUUCACUCCCAGGCCCUAUUCCUGGGCCGUCCUGCAAC